AUGUAUGAAGAGUUAAUUGAGGCGAAGAAAAGUCAAAACGGUUCCUUGGACCUUACUAUACAAGCUGAUUUAAAGUAUUUAAACUGUGUUAUUAAAGAAGCGUUACGCAUGUAUCCUCCCCUGGGAUGGCUUGACAGAGAGACAUUAAAUGACUAUAAGGUAGACGAGAACCUGACUAUACCCGCGGGAACACCGAUUUAUGUCAACGGAAUUGGAAUGCAGUACGACAGCGACAUUUAUCCGGACCCUGAGACCUUUAACCCCGAAAGGUUUUUGCCCGAGAAUGAGAAAGACCUGAAGCCAUUCACUUUUAUGCCAUUUGGAGAGGGACCAAGGAGCUGUAUAGCCAAGAGGUUCGCUCAGAUAUCAUUGAGAAACGCUAUGUCAUACUUAGUACUAAAUUUCAAGUUUAAAUCACUGCCGGGAGCACCGAAGCCUUCAGAAGUGAAGUACGAAAAUAAACAUCUCUUUUUAGUACCUGGAGAGAGCCUUUUUAUCGAUUUUGAACCAAGAAAUGUAUCUUCCGGUUUAUAA